UAUUGUUUGAAACUUGCUGAGAUUCUCUGUAGCGAAGCACUUCUGGCUUGAAGAACAAAGCACCAAACCACACACACUACCGUCACACAUCAAUUUCAAGUAAAAUGGAUUCCUUUAGAGAACGUAGAGAACUGCAAGGUAACCAGGGCAUAGAGAGAGAAGAGAAGGGGGUUAUAUCUGUAAAGCCUAUCACGAUGAUAGUGCCACCGGCAUUGCAGGACUUGCCAAAAACAAUGACGCCUGAGAGUAGUGCCAGUUCCAGCACUAGAGACAACGGUGGCGACCACCAUACUUCAUCAUCCAGCAGCUUGUCCUCGGAGGAGACACACAGCCGCGAGGAAGGGACGGGGGAUGUGGUUAGCAAUGUCUCAUAUUGGCCUGUGAUUGGAGAGUGGGAAAGCAAGACAAUCACGGGCAGGUUAAGCAAUCUACAAAAGGCGCCCAAGGACCUGCCUGUUGGAUUUAGGUUUAAGGCAGCACUGCAUCAUGAAGUAGCAGACAGUGCACCCUCAAUAAGUGGCUAUAGGAAGCUGGAGGAGAUGAUACCAGUGUACAUGGACCAUUUUGAGGCCGGCCUGCAAUUUCCCUUGCCCGGGCUGAUAUUCCACCUACUGGCGAACUACGAGCUAGCUCUGACACAACUGACACCCAACAGCAUAAGUGCCGGCUGUGUCCCAACUCCAGAGGCACAAAGUGGUAUUACCUCUCAAGGAGAGAAGAGCCAACUGUUCAAGAAUGUAAGGAACAAAGUGGCAAGGUGGAAGAGGCAAUUCAUCUUUGUUCACGAUACGCGAACAGAGAGAAUAAGCAACGACCUCGCUGGUUGGCUAUCUGAGUGGCGUGUGCCGAAUGCACACGUCAAUUACCCUCAAUUGCUACCACGGGACAUGGAUCUCAAGAAUCAGUUGCUGGAAUAUGCGAAGAGGGAAGAUUUGACAGAUCUAGAUGCCCUAGUUACCUCGGAGCAGCUCGUCGUGUUCGGGUUUAUCGACGUGGCAAACCUGUUCACAGAAGGAGAAAUGAGCAGCAUACUGGAACGCCAGCGCCAGCGAGCCCAGGGUUCCCAAAGCCGCGCGUCAGGCAGCGCGCCACAAAGACAGACACGGUUUGACAAGCAACCGCCCCCAGCGCCACAAUCACGCAACUCGUCACACCGUGGAUCGAGCUCAGCGUCCAGGCCACGCGCCGACCAGCGGGCUAAGACUGCGGCCCCUAGUGCACGCAGGCGUGCACGUGAGGAGAUAGAAAGUGAAGAUGAGGUCCCCCUCAUCCGGCGCAGAACAAGUGGGGGGACUCAGCCCGCGCAGGCGGCUCAAACGAUGGUUGCGUGCUCAUCGAACGUGCCAUCUACCACGGCGCGAGCAGUAGCGGAGCCCGCCCCUACGUCGACCUUAGUGUCGGCGCCUAGGAUCGCGUAUCCAGACGGCUUCAACUACGCGAAGCCAGAUUGCCAACCCGCUAUGGUGCAAGGCAUGCAAAGCUUUGUGCCUCUCGUGAAUCAUCAACGGGCAAUGGCUUUUGUGCGUUCAGUUACGCGGUGGCACUGUUUGAGAACGAACAGAGGGCUUGCUCUCAAAAUAACGAGCUCAGAGGCCAGCCUUGUGGAUGAUGUCAAUCGUCUACAAGGCUCGGAGAUGGCCAAUCGAGCGGCUGCAGCGGAGACCGAGCAGACGAGCUCGCCAAUAGAAAUAAUGAGCUCAAGGAGGAGCUAGAGCAAGCCCGCGCUAAAAAGGAGAGC